AUUCCAGUGACUUGUAAAGUGUAAAGCAGUGCGGAAUACUUUGGCUAUUGCCACGCUGCUUGUCCACCAAGUAUAUAUACCUAUAUUUCCCCAAAUACCCCUAACUGUGUGCCUAGAACCGGUAGAAAAUUUUCAUUUUUCUAACGUUUAAAAUAAAAAAAAAGGAGACAAGAUUAGUGACUUUUCUGAUCUUGCGCGCGAUCAAAAAGUGUACCGAAGAGGCUGUAAUAAAAUUUUCGUGGUCAAAAUCGUCGUAAUUUUACAUAAUCUCUGACUUUUUUCUCACGCUCUGUGUUAAAUUUAGUGGAAAAGCGUCCAUUGGAAUUUAAUUUCUCGCGGCGUGAAAAAUUUGGAGAAGAAAAAGGAGAGCAAUUGAAAUUUAAUUAAGGCAAUAAAGGUUGAAAGUUCAUCACAGUCUCAAGAAGAAGAAAAGAGAGAAGAUGAGUGAGGUACAGUUCAAGAAGCAACCAAAGGGGUUCGCCACAAAAGCCAUCCAUGCUGGGCAGGAACCCGAGCAAUGGAGUGGGAAUCCUGUGAUCCCGCCAAUUACAAUGAGCACCACUUUCAAGCAGUACGAUUUGGAUAAUCAUAAGGGCUUUGUGUACGGCCGCAGUGGAAAUCCAACGAGAAAUAUGCUCGAAAAGUGCCUGGCUGCACUGGAUGAUGGAAAGUACUGCCUCACAUUUGCCUCAGGACUCGGUGCCACAACAACCAUAGUCUCCCUACUCAAUGCUGGUGAUCACUUAGUGGUUACAGAUGACCUCUAUGGGGGUACAAGUCGCUUCUUGCGCACCGUGGCUAAUCGUAUGAAUAUUGAAGCGGAAUUUGUGGAUGCAACUGAUGCUCAAGUUGUGGCAAAGGCAAUAAAACCCAACACAAAGAUGGUAUGGCUGGAGACACCCACAAACCCAAGUAUGAAGGUUGUGGAUAUUGAAGCAAUUUGCAAGUUGGUGCACAAAACACCUGGGAUUAUCGUUGUAGUGGACAACACAUUCUUGUCGCCCUACUUCCAGAGGCCCCUAGAAUUGGGUGCUGAUGUUGUCAUGUACUCUGUUACUAAAUACCUCAAUGGACAUUCAGACGUUAUAAUGGGUGCUGCAAUUACAAGUGAUGAUAACAUCCAUCAGAGAUUGCGCUACUUGCAAAAUUCAAUGGGAAUUGUGCCAUCGCCUUUUGAUUGUUUUCAAGUGAAUAGAAGCCUCAAAACUCUUGCACUUAGAAUGGAGCAACACCACAAGAGCUCCCUCAAAGUUGCACAGCACUUGGAGAAGAGUCCAUAUGUUGUGAAAGUUUUGCAUCCUGGACUACCAAGUCAUCCGCAGCAUAAAUUAGCCCUGCGCCAGUGCUAUGGGCAUAGUGGCAUUAUGUCCUUCUACAUCAAAGGUGGACUGGAAGAGGCCAAAACUUUCUUCAAGAAUCUCAAAGUUUUCACAUUGGCUGAGAGUCUCGGGGGCUAUGAAAGUCUCGCAGAAUUGCCAUCAAUCAUGACGCAUGCUUCAGUUCCAGAAGAGCAGAGGAAAAAGCUUGGGAUAAGUGAUAGUUUAAUUCGAUUAUCUGUAGGAUUGGAGAAUGUUGAGGAUCUCAUUGAGGACUUGGAUCAGGCUCUGAAAGCAUCCGCUGCAAAAUGAAGUGGCACAAUAUGAGCAAUGUUCUCACAUUUCAUGCACAUGACACAUUUUCGAUUAAGUGCAUGGAGGAAUGCAAGAAACAAUUAGGGGAGAUGGAUUUGCACCAAAUUACACAAUUUAACAAUACAAAAUUCAAUUAAACACAAUAAUUUCAUAUUAAAUUUAGAAUUGUCCAUAUAAUGUUGAGCAAUUGGAUGUGAGAAAAUUUCAUUUAUAUACCUGAAAGGACAUUUUGUUGAGAAUAAUUUUCUAAAGUUAGCCUAAAUGAUCAUACUUUUGUUAAAGAGAAACAUUGAAAAUCCUGUGAAGCAUAAAAGAAAUGCAGAAAAGAAAAAUUGUACAAAAUUCCCCGAAUGCAAAAGGGAGAAAAGGAAAAAUAUACAAAAACUGUUCUUUAUUUAAAUUUAAUUCCACAAUAAUUACAAAUGGAAAAUGUUUGGCACGCCAGUGUUCAAUGGAAUUAAUUCAAAAUAAUUCAAAUGAAUUUGAAAUAUACAAUCUAUUUUUCUAUUUAACUAAAA